GGGGCGGAGCCGUAAGCGGGGCGGGGCGGUGUCCGCGCAGGCUCGCCGGGCUGCAGCCGCCGAGCCGAGCGCUUGACUAUAUAUGGUCAAAGCUGGGGGCGAGCCGCACCGGGGCCGCGCUUCCGGGUUGGGUUGUCCGCAGCGGUAGCGCGCAGGGCAGGCGCGUACGGGCCUCGGAGCCGGGCUUCGGACCGCCCCCUCCGCGCCCGGCACGCCCGGCGCCGCCUUCCGCGCCGUCCCUGGGCUCGGCCACUGCGAGAUUCCACUCGAGCGCGGCGCCGUAACAAGUGGGCGAGGAUGCCGUACGAGAUCAAGAAGGUGUUCGCCAGCCUCCCCCAGGUGGAGCGGGGCGUCUCGAAGAUCCUCGGCGGAGACCCCAAGGGCGAUCAUUUCCUCUACACCAAUGGCAAGUGCGUCAUCCUGAGGAACAUCGACAACCCUGCUAUUGCUGACAUCUACACAGAACAUGCCCAUCAGGUGGUCGUAGCCAAGUAUGCACCCAGCGGAUUCUACAUUGCUUCUGGAGAUAUCUCUGGGAAGCUAAGGAUCUGGGAUACCACACAGAAGGAGCACAUUCUAAAGUAUGAGUACCAGCCAUUUGCUGGGAAGAUCAAGGACAUUGCCUGGACCGAAGACAGUAAGAGGAUCGCCGUGGUCGGGGAAGGAAGGGAGAAGUUUGGAGCUGUCUUCUUAUGGGACACUGGCUCUUCUGUGGGUGAGAUCACAGGACACAACAAAGUCAUCAACAGUGUGGACAUCAAGCAGAGCAGACCCUACCGACUAGCAACAGGGAGUGAUGAUAACUGUGCUGCAUUCUUCGAGGGCCCCCCAUUCAAGUUCAAGUUUACAAUUGGUGACCACAGCCGCUUUGUCAACUGUGUGCGAUUCUCUCCUGAUGGGAACAGAUUUGCCACAGCCAGCGCUGAUGGACAGAUUUUCAUUUAUGAUGGGAAGACAGGAGAGAAGGUGUGUGCCCUUGGAGAAAGCAAGGCCCAUGAUGGAGGAAUUUAUGCCAUUAGUUGGAGUCCUGAUAGCACCCAUUUGCUGUCUGCCUCUGGAGACAAAACCUCUAAGAUUUGGGAUGUCAAUGUAAACUCUGUGGUCAGCACGUUUCCCAUGGGCUCCAAUGUUCUGGACCAGCAGCUGGGCUGCCUCUGGCAAAAGGACCACCUCCUCAGCAUCUCCCUGUCGGGAUACAUCAACUACCUGGACAAGAACAACCCCAGCAAGCCCCUCCGGGUCAUCAAGUUCCCAGGGUCCUUUAAUGACUGA